AUGUCCCAGGCUGGCUCGGCUGGUGUCCCACUGAUGUUGAUGGAAUCUGCCAGCGUGUUGCUGUUGAUCACCGUCGCACAGAUAGUGGUGAACACCAUCGAGGCGCUGUCGCUCGGAACAGUUUUUCUGGUCCCCGCGAUGUCCGUGCUCGUGUCGCGUUUCUUGUUGGACAUAUACCAGGCCGCGGAGAACGCCGUGACGAUCUCGGACUACGACCACGACUCCUCCUCCGAGUUCACGCGCGACACGGGCCUCGAAUUCGAGAUGCCGGAUGACUGGGAUGACUGGACCAACCGGAACCGUGUCCCGCUUUCAACAUUUCCAACACCGCCACCGUCGGCAGCCAGCGUCGAGAUGAUCAGUCGCCCGCGCCUCACCCGCCUGCAGGGAGGUGUUCCGCGAGCCGCGCUGCCGGCAGGAAGUGUUACGUUCGAUAAGUGUUCCAAAGUGGUCAAGACACUGCCAGUCCGGUAUCCGCUCAGAUAUGCUGUAUCGUCAUCAUGA